GCCGUGGAACUGUGGCGCUCUAACGCCAUCUGGAUUUUGGAAAUAAUUAAUUGCAAUAUUUUUACCCAAGAAUGCCUUGUCAAAUACUAUUAUUAGGUAACUGAUUUGUAAUGACAGUUAAAACCCAUAAAAUAAAUCUUUAUUCGAGAAAAUUAACUGCGGGUUGCUAUUGAGAACGGAAAUACAAAGAUGGACGACGACGAAUCCCCUGCCGAAUUGGAAUUAAUACCAUGUGACGUUUGUAGCAGAAAAUUUAAUCCUGAAGUUCUAUCCAGACACAAACCAAUAUGCGAGAAAAAUGCAGCUAAGAAGCGUAAAGUGUUUGAUUCUUCAAAACAAAGAUCCGAUGUUCUGGGACCAUCAGCUCCUCCAGCAAGGAAACCAGAGAAAGAGAAGCCUACACCAAAGAAAACUAAUUGGCGACAAAAACAUGAAAGCUUUCUCCAGUCUCUUAAGGCUGCAAGAGAUGUUUCAGCCGCAUUGAGCAGAGGUGAAAAAGUGCCACCACCUCCACCACCUGUUAUCGAUCCUGAUUAUGUUCAAUGCGAAUUCUGUCAGAGGAGGUUCAAUGUACAUGCAGCCGAACGACAUAUUCCUUUUUGUAAAGAACAAUCAAUAAGGCAAAAGAUAAAGAGCGCCGAUGACAAGAAAGCAGCUUUGAAUACACGAACAAAGUAUCAACCCCCAAAACUAGGCAGUAAAAAAAGAGUGACAUCUAAUUCAAGAAUUCCAUCCGGACCAAGAACCGAAAAUAAUAAUCCCAGCAAUAUGAAACGAACAACAGUUUUAGGCAAUUCACCCACCGUUAAUCGUUAUGCUAAUGGGCAAACUUAUGAUGAAGACUUGUACUCUGAUAAUCGACCAACCUCUGGGGACAGUAGGAGCUCAUCUGGUCGACCUUUGAGAACUGGCAGAAAUCCCGAAACUUAUUCAAAUGGCAUCGCUAUUAGCCGUCAGCAAAAGAAUGUGGGUUAUUCAAAACCUACUUCCCGCGGUCGUGGUCUAGCCAGCCCGUCAGGACGAUCGAGGCCACCCGUAGGAAGCGGUUCACAGCAUCAAUCGAGUUCUGCAGGACCACCCGCUAAAUUCUGCCAUGAUUGUGGAACAAAGUAUGCAACGACAACGGCCAAGUUUUGUGUUGAAUGCGGAAUCAGAAGAGUUUCCAUUCCUACAUAGACACUUAGAUUGUUCAUAAAAACUAUUUACAAUAUAUUGUAAAUACUAUAACUGUUAUUAAUAUGCAAAGGGAUACUCUGUACUCAAAACAUCCUCGACAACAUAUCACUGAAAAUUUUUAACGUUUUAUUUUUUGUAAGCGUCAACUUGAAAAAAUACACGAUAUCGUUGACUUUUAAUUACAGGUCAAAUCAUUUAAAUUUUUAUAAUUUGUCUAUUCAUCUUUUUUUUCAUAGAAAUGGGCGA